AUGGGGAGAGUUAAUGCAGAUGGUGUCCACUAUCGAUCUGGAGAGAGGCCCCAGCCCCAUUUUCCGUCUGGAGGUCCAAUGGUUCUUAACAAAAUCAAAAAGGUUAUAAGCAAGGAGAAGCGACAUGCCAAGGCUCUGAAAGGAAAAGCAUGGAAAGGUGUGACAUGCCCUGUGUGUCUUGAGAUCCCUCACAACUCUGUCGUCCUCCUCUGCUCAUCUUACCACAAAGGUUGCAGACCGUACAUGUGCGCCACGGGAAACCGGUUCUCCAACUGUCUAGAGGAGUACAAGAAAGCCUAUGCAAAGGACGAGAAGAGCGGUGGACCAGCAGAGCUUCUGUGCCCGCUUUGCAGAGGUCAGGUUAAAGGCUGGACCGUUGUGGAAGAUGCGAGGAAGUAUCUGAAUUCCAAGAAGAGGGCAUGCAUGAAGGACAAGUGUUUGUUUUCCGGAAGCUAUAAACAGCUGAAGAAGCAUGUCAAGGCGGUUCACCCGAGAGCCAAACCGAGAGCUAUAGACCCUGCGCUGGAGGCGAAGUGGAAGAAGCUUGAAGGUGAGAGGGAGAGGAGCGAUGUGAUUAGCACAGUCAUGUCGUCAACACCUGGUGCUAUGGUGUUUGGAGACUAUGUGAUUGAGCCGUACAACGAUGCUUAUGACGACGAUGAUGACAUUGACUCUGAUGAUUCUUCGGAAGGUGAGUACUUUGAUUUGGGGUCGCUAGGAGCGUUUGACAUGAGCCGUCUUCAGUCUCGUUCGGUUCCGGCCAUCUCGAGCAGGGGACUUCGGAGUUUGUUCAUGGGCAGCCACCGGUUCCGAGGCAGCAGAGGUGGGAACAGAAGGCGGCAGACGUAA